GAAAGAUUGGUUGGCUGGGUUGGGUGGUAGCGAGCUGCAAGUUCCUGAAGGGUUCGUGAGUGUUGGGUUUGACAAUGAGCAACGACAACUUAAGUCGUACCUCUCCCGUGGCAGCAAUCGUUCCACGUAUGAGGUUCUGACCAAUGUUGUCUAUGCCCGUCAUUCCCAUGUUCCUUCCCAAGAAAAGGGAGAUUUCCAUUUCCGAAAUUGGAAAUUUCCAACUGUCACUGAGAUUCAAUGUGCAAUAGAUCAGGUACCGGAUCCUCUUGAUCAAGAAUCUUUGAUUAAGCCACACUUGCUGAGUUUCAUGAACAAAAGGAUUGAAGCUCUUGUGUCUGAGCAGAGGCUAUCAGCUGACCCAGUUGAUAGCCAUCUUGCAUCAUUGGAACGAGAAAGACGGUACCUGAUCUGCCCUAAAUGUUGCACACAGAUGGAACGCAGGCUGCAUUUGUGUCCCAAUGCGACAUGCAGGGUAAAUGUUAGGCAGGCAUUGCAAGCUGACCAAGGCAAAUCAGUGGUGUCGACCGAGCACAUCAAAGUCACCAAGCCAGGCACACUAAAGUCAGGCACCGAGUUUGUGUAUGUACCGCAUGUGGACAGCAGUACCGGUGUUUGGUUAACCAGAGUGUCCUCAAAGACCAGUGGUGAAGAUGUGCCCCUUGUGUCCCCGGCAGAUGUUGGGUUUCUAGAGCCCAUUUUUGUCAACCAUAACUCCCAUGAAGCUGUUCGCAUUGUAUUGCGCGAUGUUGUGAAGCGUGCAAGGGUAAAACAAUGUGUAGGUGACGAGGGGGUGAGGGAAUGGCUCACUGUUGUGUGUGACGGCUUGCCGUACUCCCUCAUAUUGACUGUGAUGGAGGAGGCAAGGCGUGAUGCAGCCAAAUUGGCUAACCAUGAAGCAGGAAUAUUGCAUGUCGACUCAAUGUCGAAGGCUGACCUGAAGAGUGCAUGCAGUACAAGGGGCUUGGGUGUAACAGGGAACAUGAGUACGUUACGUGAGAGGCUGAGGAAGUUUUUAGAUGAUCUGGUUGAGAAGGGUGAAUUGAUGCCCCCAACAAACAUUCUUGAUGGGGAGUUUGAUUGGGUACUACCCAUUUCACGUGGCUUGCACUGGGAGAUGAACAUCAUCCAGUGCAUUGUCAAGUCUCUGUGGCCAUUUGCCUAUAAGGAGUUCGCUAUUAGCCAGGGAUAUACUUCUCCUAAGCAAUUGGAUUGGGCCUUCAAAGCCAAAGACCACCACCGCACAUACGAUGAGCUGAGCCGUUUCACGGAUGGCUGCUUUGACGAACUUCUGCGGCCAUAUGUACUCGCCCAGGAAUCUGGCAGCAACACCCCUUCAGCAGAGGGUUUCUUCGUUUGGUGCAAGCAGUUCAACAACAAUUAUACGUAUUCCUGGCUGCUGGAGCUGUGCACUCAGUACUGCUUUCCACUAUUCAUGCUUCGGCGGGGAGCACGGCACAACGACGUACCACUGUUCAUUGAGUCUCGCAGAGUUCUCUCUCCAUUGCUGCAUGCGAGGAAUCACACAACAUAUCAAGUGAUUGACAUGUCCGAGGAAGUCCGUCGCCUCUCGCUCUCAACAGAUUUGCGAAGUCUCAUUGACAGCACUCUCUUCCUCAGCAGGUCAGGAAAGGGUGACCUCCACCAGGCACUUGAUGCUAUCGUCGAAGAGCUAAAUGCCAAUGUGAAGUCAUGGGUGUCAGGGGAGAAAGACUCCAACAUGUGGCGCCGGGUGAUCCGUAACCAUGAGCAGCUCAUGAAGCUCCGCUCCAAAGUAUUCAGUGCCCUACAGCUGCCAGAUCCAAAGUCGGAAUCGAGAGCCCGUCCUGGUUAUGCUAAGGAACUUCUGGUAUGGCGUGCGCGUCUGAGAACAAUGUUGGUUCCCAAUGGUGAGCUAGCGUUUUCAAGACCACUGCAAUCCUUCAGUCCUGGUGAGGAAUUGGUUCCGGAUGCUGUGAACCUCACUGCUGUGGGUAAAGCCAGACGGAAGCAGCUAGCGACAUUAUUUGGAGAUGGUGCCUAUCCGCUGUCCAGGCAGUCUCAGCCACCACACUUUCUGACCACCGAAGAGGCCGAGAAACACGGGAGUGAUACGAGACGGACUAUGGCUUCCCUCAGGAAAGAAUUCCAGCAGCUACUACAUCUCGCGCCCGACAACAAUGCUGCCUCUGCAUUGUGCUAUGAACUGGAGCAGGCUUCCACCCAGCCAGCAGUGUUGAAGGUCGUGCGCCAGAUGCGGGAUAUGGUUUCGUGCAUGGCUGACGGCGGCAAUGCAGCUGAUGAUAUGCCUCCAUGAGUGUGACUGCUUCACAGUCGGUGUACUCGCCAAGGGAGGGCUGGUCCUGGCUUCCGUAGUUCUUCAAUGUGCAUUUUGCGUCAUGCCACACACUUUGCAUUGUCAAGUGCGAGCGCUACACUUCUUAUUCACACCAUGUCUUCUCCAUUUAUAUACUUUCCACUUCAUUGAGCAGCUGGCUCAAGCAGUGGGAGACUCCAGUGCAGAGACGCUGUACCUCGAACAAGGGUCGUGGCUACCUCGCCGUGGUCUUAUCCGUUACUCCUAUGUCGCCGUUGGGGAUAUACACCCGGUUUUUUCCCUCACUACUGCGUCCGUCAGCGCGAGGGUUUUUUCCCGGCUGGCUCGGUCCAGGAAAAUUAAUCUGACGGCCCCAAGUGGUUCUGCAUCAUGGCCCGGCUAUCACGAUGAUCACGGCUAUUUCCUCUAUUUCCAUUUGAGACACUGAGGUGCAUGUACAUGUGGUACAAACCAGUGCUCCUAUUCAUAGUGGUUCAGUGUGAUGUUUGUUGACUACUAGCAUUGUUCUGUUGUCCAGAAAGGGUCAAUUUCUGAUGACGCAUACAUUAUUAUUUCAAUGUUGACAUUCUGAGGUGAAUUGAUACCAGACUAUGGUGUUUGCACACAACAAGUAUCCAACAGGUGAUGUUUGAAGGACCAGCAGUCCAAAUUUUA